AUGGAGUCAGAUGCCAACUCUGCACACCAUGAAGAAGAUGAACAUGACCAGUCUUCGUACGCUCUUGUCACCUCGCUGUUCUCCAAAGUUGAGAACACUCUUGCUGCUCCUCUCUCUUCUGCAGCUGCAUCUGCUGUCACUGAAAACAUACAUCAUACUCCUCAGAACCAUGUCCAAACCGCCUCAAGCGGGUCCUCUGUCAAUCGUCACAGCCUGUUCAGUGUUGCAGCCUCCAAUCCUGCCCCUUCUUUGGUCUCAGACACUCUCGAUGCCAGGAGCAUCAGAACUACAGGUAGCAUCUGGAGGUCUGCGUCAGUAUCCAAAGUGAUCCGAAGGAUCCGAGGAGAAGAAUUGUCUCGAGACUACUGGAUGAAUGAUGAGCUAUGCACAGAGUGCUACAAUUGCAAGAGCAUGUUCGCUGCUUGGCGGAGGAAGCAUCACUGUCGCAUAAGCAGGCAAAUCUUCUGCUCUCGAUGUGCUUCCAAUAUCAUCAAGGGUGCUCGUUUUGGCCAUAAUGGCAUGGUGCGGGUGUGCAACCUCUGCCUAGAGAAGUUGACCAAAGUAGACGACGACGAUAGGCGCUCAAUAAACUCCAGUAUGACCUCUCCCUUCGCUGCUCACCAGCUGGGAGAGGCUUUGUUGUUUUUGCCAUUCACGGCCUCACAGCUCUUCAGGUGCACAGAUGAGCCAUUCAACCUGUUUUCCGUAGUGAAAACGAAGAUAUAUCCUGAUUCUGAUGACAGUGCUCUUGCGUCGCCCCUCUCUACAUUUCUUGAUGAAAUUCACAGAGAUCUUCCAUUUCGCAGGGCAUUGACCGAAGAAGUCCAAGACUCAGUGGCCUUCCCUGAUAAGUUCACGAGCGAGAAUUCCCCAACUGCUCCUGGGACCAAAACACCUAUCGACUUUCCUGUCACAGUGCCGAUCUCUGCCAUUGGGUCGAUGAGUUCCAUGCAAUUCCCUGUUACCUCACCUGAUCAAGGGCAUCCGUUUGAGAGUUCAGGCAUGCUCCGGUCAUGUCACGUACAGAGUGGUAUUAGAGAGCACUUGACAGGGCACCCCGGCUGUCGUACAUGGACAGAAAGCAUCACAUACGCACAGGAAUUGAACUUGAUCACUAUGUUUCACCUGAGGAUCAUGCUUCGGCAGAUGCUGUUAGCUGAGGACAUUCCCAAUAUUGACGAUCGGGAGGAGAUGCUUUUGAAACUCAGCAUGCGCAUCGCUUGCGAGUCAACAUUCACUGCCCACCCCCAGAGGCAGGGCGCCGACAUGGAUAUCCCCAGAGGCGUGUCAAAGGAUUCUGAGUAUGUGGAUGGCACUGUCAUCACCAAGAACAUCACGUCUAAGCAGAUAAUGCAGAUGCAGCGUAAUCCUCAUGUCAUGCCAGUCACAUUUUCCAUGGAGUUCCAUCGAGUGGAGGGGCAAUAUAUGCACUUCGGCCAGAUCUUGCAGCAGGAGAAGGACUACCUAAACAACUUGGCUACUCGUAUUUCAGCUCUGCGGCCACACGUCGUUCUGGCAGAGAAGUCUGUCUCCGGGCUGGCUCUCGAUGCUCUCGCAAAACACAAGAUUGCCGUCGUGAGGAUCGUUAAGCCAUCCGCCAUCGCCUUUGUUGCUCGGAUGACACAAGGAGAUGUCUUCUCAUCCAUGGACAAGCUUGCGUUGGAGCUGCACCUCGGACACUGCACAGGAUUUCGCAUCCAGAUGUUCAACCAUCCACUCAUUCCUGGUCAUCGCAAGACAUACAUGCACUUGGGGGGAUGUAACCUGGAGAUGGGCUGUACGAUCAUGCUCCGUGGUGCACGUGAAAAGAAAGUGACGCACUUCCUCGCAUUCAUCGUGUGCAACCUUCAGCUCGAACCUCAUUUGUGGAAGGAUUGCGUCAUCACCUUGCCGGUGCUGACGCCUGAAGCUACCCCUCCUGUUCAGUCAUCAGCUAACUUAUCAGCUCUCGAAUCGGAUGUGUCGAUGCCAUCUCAAUUGACUGCUACUGAUGCAGAAGACACUGUUCCAAGCAAUUAUGAAGAUGCAGAAGAAGUGCACUUGUCGCGGCACAUUCAGGAGUCGAUUGAACCAUAUCGGAAGACUUUCCUCUCUGUCUCGGCUAUCCUUCAUUACCCACCCCCAUAUCCUAUCAGCUGCAUGAAGGAACUCGAUGAUGAGCUCACGCAAAUUAAGCAGGAAUGGGAGGAUGAGGUGAUCUGUAGAGAAGAGUGGGGUUCUUCGAAGCAUCAGCAGGAGGCAACCAUUACACAGCAGAGCAUCAUGCCCACGGUCACACCUGACAUGGAUGAUGUUGCGGCGCAGAUAGAGUCUCUUCCGCUCUCAGAGGUACUCGACAUGCCCAUUUCCAGUGACGAUGGCUCAACUCCUGCUGAACACACCAGAUACUUUGAAUCCCUCCUUGCAUUGCCACACACUGCAGCACUAUCGCUUCCCCAAACACCCUCAGAGGAGCUGCCAGUCAAAAUGGUCACUGUUGAGGACAUCAGACUUGAAAGUCGCCUGAAUUAUCUGAAGUGGCAACAUUCCGAGUACUGCCGAGUGUGGGAAUGGUAUCUGCGCAAGAAUAGGGAUGACUUUAACGUGGAGAAGUACCAGUGCAUAAGUUUGUGGGAAAUCACCCUUCCCAUGACAGAAAGCGGGUUGCAUCCUGCUUGCUUUCCUCCUCAUCUAAGAUACAUCACGUUCUAUGAUGCCUUUGCGCAGCUCAUGGACGCAAAGGCAAUCUGUGAGAACAAGGCAUGCAAUCAACCCCUGGCUCAGCAUCACACUGUCUAUGUGCAUAAUGAGAGUCGUCUUCUAGUCACAGUUGAGCAGUGGGAUGGGCAGAUCAACCAACGUUCGCUGCCUCCUGACACGAUCAUUACCUGGAGUAUCUGUUCUAUCUGUAUACAGAGAUACUCUUUCACCAAGUUUCUUGAGCUCCACUUUUAUCCUGCAGAUGUGCAGCUUGUUCCAGGUGUGGGCUGUCAACACAACAUUUACCAGCAUCAUAUCAGAUGCUUUGCCAUUCAGCAGAUGAUGAUACACUUCCAAGCAGAUCCUGUGGUCCUGCAUGAGGUCGUAUAUCCUCCUAUGCAUCUUGAAAUCAAGAACAGCGAUUUCGAGCGCUUGCAUACAAGGAACAACAUGUGGUACACUGCGCUCAUCGACAAUCUCAAACUGAUCAACAUCGAUGCAGCUACUGGUGAUGAGGAGGCGGAUGCAAAACUCAUUAUAGAGAUCAACCAGCUCAUCAUCAGAGGUGAGUGGAAGAAGGCAGAUAUUGCCAGGCUGAUCAAUACAAUCUACAGUGAGACUGCUACCACAGAUACUCUUGCUCUCAAUCAAAUCAGAGCCUAUUGGCAGAAUAAGAUGGUUGCAUGGCAGCAGGACUUCGAUAAGCUGCCAAAACUGAAGGUGACGCAGUUACUCGAUCGCAACAGCCACAAAUCUUCCGUGUUUGGCUCUGAGAUUCGAGCACUUUCGCUCGAGAACGCACACAACAUUUCAGAAGCCGAGGACUAUGGUCGCGUCAUUAAGAGACAGCUUACAGGAGGUUCUCUCAUGUCGACGUCAUCCACUUCUGAUGCUGUGGAAUCAGAAUCGGUCAUGGACAAGACCGAGCAGAGUGCUCUCACUGAAAUGGCCCCAUCGACCAUUGGCGAUCAGCUGCCCAUGGCUAGUUGCACAGAAUUGGAGCCUUCCCUGAGAUCUGACGUAGACAGCGACUCUACGAUCGGUGCAACAUGCGCAGAGCAAGUUUCUAUCGAACUUUCAGUUGAUCACAAUGUCCCAGAUAUCACGCACACAUUGCAACGUACCUCUCAGUUGCCGAGAUGUCUGACAAAUUAUCCAAGUGUCGCUAAACUUGUGAAGAAGUAUCAGGACUAUCUCCCCACUCAGGGUGUUGAAGAGCUGACAAAAAUGGCCCUUCCACCUGCUGCUCUUGUUUGUGAAAGUGAACAGGAGACUUCUGCUGACCUUCCGCCCCCCAGUGCAGAACAAGUCUCAAAAUUGUCUAUUUCUGACUUUGAGUUGAGCUAUGCCAUAAACGACAUGCCCAGAUAUCUCACACAUGCAAGAUGUAUGCUUUGCCCAAUGCCAUACAGUGCUCGGCUACCUCUACCUGCAAUUCCAUUCGAGUCUCGUACAACAUCGCGGUGUGCAUCUCUUGACAAGUGCUCUGCGGAGCCCACUGUCAAGAAGUCACCAGGGCUGGGAAGCAAGGUCUCCAAUAUUGCCAAGCACUUCAAGCGAAUCAGCAAGGAUACUGAGUGGGCUGGUCAUGGGUACACCUGUGCAAAGGUGGAGGUUCUUGAUAGCAUCAAAGAUGCGAUUCAAGAUGAAUCAGAGAGCUCAAACUCUAGCGAAGCUGACAAUGAAGGGGAUGGUGAUGACGAGAUGGGAAAGUCACCCAGACAGAAUCAGAUGGAAGCAAGACAAUAUAGUCAGCCUAUGAAUGUGCCUCCUCAGAAGGUCAUUGCCAAAGUCGUUGAAGAUGCACAGCCACAGGGAGAAGAGCGGUCUAUUUCUAUAAAUGGAGAACCCCUACAGACACUUGUGCCUACUAUCUCAACACCCAGCUCCCCGAUGUUGAUGGCAAUGAACCAUGCACUGAUACUGAUGGCCCCUAUAACUCCUGAACUCAAUCAACUCCCACAGUCUCACAUCUGUGCAGAUGUAGACGCCGACGAUCUGUUAGCAGAUCCCGAGCACAUUUUUUGUGACUCAUCAAUGGUAUCACAUGCUGUGAAGCGCCAAACGAGAGAGCUGAAGUUGACAGAUGGUGGUGAAGCAUUCAUGCCUGAUGACAGAUCAGUUGCUGAAUCAACCUCCACAUGGGGAGUCAUGAAUGUAGAUAGUCCUGAGACUUAUGAUCCCAUGGAAGAGCUACGGGUUCCCUUGUCGAAGCAGCCAUGGGCUAUAUGUGAGCGCCUUUUCGAUGUGCUCCAUCGUACGUAUGAUUGUGAAUGGAGUAUGGUUGAGUCACGUGCUCAAUGUGUCAAAUGGAAUGCCAGCGAAGGGAAAUCGGGAUCUGCAUUUCUGAAGACCCUUGACGAUCGCUUCAUUGCCAAAGAGCUUUCAAGAGCAGAAUUACAGGCAAUGGAGACCUUUGUGCCAGCUUAUUUUGACUACAUGUCAUCUGCGGUGGUUGUCAAUCACCCUACACUCCUCACAAACAUUUUCGAAUGUUUCAAGCUGACCUUUAGGACAUCCCAUAAGCACUCAGGGCCAAGCAGAGGAAAGGCAAUGCAGAUAAACUUGCUCGUAAUGGAGAACCUCUUCUACGAUCACCGUUUCUCUAAAAUCUAUGACUUGAAAGGAUCAAUCUGGAAUUGUCACAUACAGUGUACUGGUCGAGAAAAUGAAGUACUUCUGGAUGAGAACCUGGUGGAAACUGCACAUUUGGCACCCUUUUACUUGCGUGAACAUUCAAAGCGAAAUUUACGGGGUGCUCUUUUCAAUGACAGCAAGUUCCUGGCUGAGAUCAACACCAUGGACUACUCCCUGGUGGUCGGUGUUGACAGUCUCAAGAAUGAGCUUGUAAUCAUAGACUACAUCAGAACCUACAUGUGGGACAAGAAACUGGAAAGCUGGGUGAAAGACUCUGCUUUCCUGGGCAGAGCCAACAGAGGGGAGCUGACAAUCAUCAGCCCAAGACAGUAUAGGCAGCACUUCCUGAGCGCUAUGGAGCAUUACUUCCCUUUGGUGCCUGACCGGUGGAUGAAACAAUAUGAUGCUCCUGAAGACGAGAGCAACACUCUCCUGGGUCUUUGGCCUGACUGGUGA